AUCUUAUAAUACAGAUGCUAUCUGCUGUUCGCUCUGCGUAAGCGGUGAGCAGCAGAGUGCGGCAGCUUGGAGAAGAUAGCAACCGCGACCGAAAGACGACGCAUCAUGACUACUCCGAACAACACCUACGAUGUUAUCGUGAUAGGGGCAGGGAUAUCCGGCCUGAGUGCUGCCAAGCUGUUGAAAGAAAGCGGGCUCAAUCCAUUGGUUCUGGAGGCCAGAGAUCGCGUCGGUGGAAGGACCUUCACCGUUAGGAACAGGGAGGCCAAAUAUGUUGAUCUGGGCGGGGCCUACGUCGGCCCAACUCAGAACCGCAUUUUGCGAUUGGCUAAAGAAUAUGGCAUUGACACCUACAAGGUCAACGAGGAGGAGAAUCUACUGCACCACUAUCAAGGAAAGAGUCAUGGCUUCAAGGGUACUUUCCCCACCAUGUGGAACCCCCUGGCAUUAAUGGACUUGAACAACCUGUUCAAGAAGAUGGACGAGAUGGGGCUGGAGAUUCCCCGGGAGGCUCCUUGGAGGGCUCCCCAUGCCGAGGAGUGGGACAAGAUGAGCAUGGAGACGCUCUUCAAGAAGCUCUGCUGGACCAGAACCGCCCGCCGGUUCGCCACGCUCUUCGUCAACGCCAACGUGACGUCGGAGCCCCACGAGGUGUCCGCCCUCUGGUUCCUCUGGUACAUCAAGCAGUGUGGAGGCAUCAUGAGGAUCUUCUCCACCAGCAACGGAGGACAGGAGAGGAAGUUUGUGGGGGGCUCCGGCCAGAUCAGCGAAAGCAUGGCCAGAGAGCUGGGCGACCAGGUGCUUCUGCAGUCACCUGUCUGCGGCAUCGACCAGAGCGGCGUCCUGGUGGCUGUGGAGACGCUGGACCAUCGGACCUACAUGGGUAAUUAUGUGAUCGUGGCCACGCCCCCAGCCCUCAACCUGAAGAUGCACUUUAACCCCGCGCUGCCGCCGCUCAGGAACCAGCUGAUCAACCGCGUGCCCAUGGGCUCGGUCAUCAAGUGCAUGGUGUACUACAAGGAGAACUUCUGGAGGAAGAUGGGCUUCUGUGGCACCAUGAUCAUUGAGGACGAAGAAUCUCCCAUUGGCCUCACACUGGACGACACCAAACCGGAUGGGAGUGUCCCGGCUAUUAUGGGAUUCAUCCUCGCCCGCAAAUGCAGGAAGCUUUCAGUCCUGAGCAAAGAAGAGAGGUUGAAGAAGAUCUGCGAGCUCUACGCCAAAGUGCUGGGUACAGAGGAAGCUCUGCAUCCUAUCCACUAUGAGGAGAAGAACUGGUGUGAAGAACAGUACUCAGGAGGCUGCUACACUGCCUACUACCCACCCGGGAUCCUCACUCAGUUUGGCCGGGUGCUGAGAGAGCCGGUGGACAGGCUGUUCUUUGCAGGCACAGAGACGGCCACGGAGUGGAGCGGAUACAUGGAGGGUGCCGUCCAGAGUGGGGAGAGAGCUGCCAGGGAGAUCUUGCACGCCAUGGGUAAAAUCCCCCAGAAUCAAAUCUGGCAAGAGGAGCCUGAGUCUUUGGACGUCGUCCCCCGCCCAUUCGAAGAGACCUUCGCGGAGCGCCACAUGCCUUCAGUGGGCGGCUUCCUGAAGUUCCUGGGAUUCACCGCCUUCCUCUCUGUCGCCACGGCAGCGGUCCUGAUGGCCCAUAAGAAGGGGCUCUGCCCCCGACGCUAAGGCAGCUCAGGCUCCCGCUCCUUCACUUCCUCCUCGUCCCACGCCCCUGGAUCUGCCGGCGAGGGGUGCACCUCAACCGACGCCGUACCCCGUCCCGUACCUCUACCGUGCUUCUUUGGUUGUGGGCCGCGCCGCGAAAAAUAAAGGAGUGAAGUAUGUAAAGGGUGUCAGGGCAUCGGUUGAGACUCACCCCUCAUGUCGCUCGGAGAGAGACUGUUCCACCCGUAUCACCACACUGAUCUGUCAUCGCUCUAGUGGCUGUCUAGCCACGAUGGAGAGGAGAGAGAGAGAGAGAGAGAGGGAAGGGAGAGGAAGGACACACAGAGAGAGAGAGAGAGAGAGAGAGAGAGAGAGAGAGAGAGAGAGAGAGAGAGAGAGAGAGAGAGAGAGAGAGAGAGAGAGAGAGAGAGAGAGAGAGAGAGAGAGAGAGAGAGAGAGAGAGAGAGAGAGAGAGAGAGAGAGAGAGAGAGAGAGAGAGAGAGAGAGAGAGAGAGGGAGAAAAAAAAGAGAGAGUAGGGAUCCAAAAAAAGGGAUUGAGGAGCUGAAGAGAACCGUUGCCAUGGAAACUACUGAUUUUAAGAAAAUUCCAAUCAUCUUUUUCGGAUUGUCAUUGGGAAUCAGACAUUCAAAUGAGUUAUUAAGGGAGCAGGGUGGGGGGGUGGGGUCCAUUUAAGUUGUCACACAUGGCCAAUGCAUUCACAGUAUAGCUGGGUAAGAGCGUGCGUUGAUGUACCACACUCAUGUUGGGUGUGCGUACACCUUUUGAUCGCCUAUGUGUGCGUGUGCUUCCGCAUGCGUGCCUAUGAGGUGUUUGCCCUCAUGCACACAUUGCGCCCAAAUACUGUGUUGAUGCUAGGUGCUGAUCCAAACAACAGUAGGUGGGCCAGGCAGGUCAUGAUAGACUAGAAUGGUGCCAAUGUUCAAUACUAGACAACAGAGAGUUCCUUACUGGGGUUUGAAUACUAGUAGUAGGCCACUAGUAAGCUGCUGUGGAUGGUUACUAUAGGAAGGUGCAAAACAUCUUAAAGCAUUUGAAUGUAUGUUCUGCACACUAAAUGAGACCGUGUGCUACAUUUAGUUAUUGGGCUUUUAUUUUUAUUUUUAUUUGUUUUGUUCAAUGCUCAUCAGAUAUGAGAUAUAUGCAUUGAUGAGACGUCACAUUAAUUGGUUUAGGUUUAGAAUGACCCCAAUUGUAUGUGCGUCAUAAACAAGUUGUGUUACAUUGUGUGACACAAUGACAGUAGUUCACCUCUAUCGGCUGAUGCUCUCAUCCUUGUCUCUGUAUCUCCUCUGGGGCUGAAGUUUAAAAAGAAUCUCCUGUUUUUUUCCCCCUUAUUAUUGUCUCUUUUUUGGAAAUAAAAGAUAAAUGCCUGAGACAGAGAAUAAAUAGACAAAAAAAUAGGUGGUUAUCACUGAAGUAGACCCAAAGAAUAAUUAUUUUUCUCAGCUUUUUAAUGAGCAUAUAACUUCCAAAACAUUCUAUGAUGAGAUGUCUUUGUUCAAUCCUUUUAUUAUAUUCCUUUGUUGAAAAGGAAAAUGGAAACGUGAUCUUGUCAAAUGCAACUCCUCAAUAUAUAUAUAUAUAUAUAUAUAUAUAUAUAUUCAACUGCUGUGCGUUUAAAAAGCAACAGUUUUAAGUUCUUUUAAGAGCUUUAAUGUAAGUCAACUGUGUGUGUGUGUGUGUGUGUGUGUUUGGGGUGUCUACGCGCACAUUUGUGUCUGUACACGUGCAUUGAAGGGAUCAUGUGUAGUGUAAUCCCCAAAGAAAGAUUUAUAUAGUGGGUGUAGUAGCUGUGCCUUAAUUGAAGUCGUGGUGUUGUGUCUCUUUCUCUGAAGUGCCUGUGUAUCCUCAGCCCGCCCGAAACCCUUCCUUUAAUGGAGGUGACAGGUCCCAUCAACCAGUUAUUGGAUGAUGAAAUACCAAGAUGAACAAAAUAACAACCUUUAGUUCAUACAGGUUAGGUUCUAGUAUCCGUUCUGUUCCGCUGGUCUGCGUUAUUCACCUGAGCAGGUAAACUGUUGCACCAUAGACCUAAGGACACUCACCUCCAUUUAAGCAAACGUGCGUGUGUUUCUGUAUUGUUGUGAUCCAUAUGCUCGAUGCCAUUACCAAUCCCUAGUGGUACUUUGUAUUAUCCCUCUUGUUCGCCUUUUGGUUCGCCAAGGCGGACUUGGGGCUCCGGUUUGAAAUCCAGGAUCACCAUUGAAGGUCCAUAUUUACUGUAAGGAAUGAAUACCAAUCACACAAACGCUAAUUAAACUUCUGAUCCUCCUCUGACACUCUUCCUAGAUUGCUGUAGCUCAGAUCCAUGUUUUCCGUCCUUGUUUACUCUUCCAACUCUGGGCGAACAACCCGUGCCCCUUGAACGGAUUUUUUGAUGUCAUUGUAUAUUAUGACUCCUUCAGAACCCUGAAUCAACCUUCAGAGUUCAAACAGUCAAAUAAAUCUUUUACCCGUA